AUGGGCACUCAUGUGCAACCGAGCUGGCCAACUGAGAAGAGGACCACUUUCCAACAUAACUUACCCGGUGAGGAGUCUCAUUCGCCCUUGCCGGGGGUCAAGUUCCUAUCGGACCUCGUGAAAGGUAUUGACGUGAAACGUCAAACUGGCUAUACUGACGAGGAUCUUCCCCAACCGUUCCGUAAUCCUAAGUCUUAUUCUCACGUGCCUCACGAACUUCUAGCGCCGGAUGGCUUCCCCAAAUCGAAAUACUGGCUACAUCCAGCUUGUAAAUUUGCUGUACCUCCUAUUGAGAAAAAAUCCGGCAAAGGAGCCCUUGUGCAAAGUGCACUUGACUAUUACCGAGAAUAUCAUUAUCCGGGGGUUCCAGCACCUCGCCAACCAACACCAAGAACAAGCCGACGCCAAAAGCCUCGACAUCCGGCAAAGGGCACCAAGGUCAACGCAUCCCGAGAAACUGAUCAGUCGGCCGGUUCUGAAAAUCGAAAACAAAAAACCUAUGAUCGCUCCUUUACAAGGCUGGAUGAUCCGCUCCUACCCUUUGAAGAUUACGAUCGGACUAUGGAAAUCAUUUUCAACUGCUACACGGUUGUAACCCAUGGGCGCAGUCAAUUUGUGGAUCGCGAUUCCGACAAACUCAUCUGCACUUUCGCAUAUGAGGACUUGGAGGCCAUGCCACCUGAUCAACGCCAGCUUCAUCAACAGGACGUAACCACUAUCCUAAUGGCGACUCAGCUGUUCAACCGUCUCCCACUGCCUAAGAAAGAAUUAACUUCCGCACUGCCAAACCCAUCCGAACCUGCUCAGCUUACUGCCCCCGUUUCUUCUGUUCAAUCACCCAUUCAUCACCCCUCUCGAUCGGACAGCCCACCUCCAGCUUUGGCAACCUCAACAGUAUCUUCGCCGCUAACCUCACUUUCACCUUCGGAGACGGACGAGACGAACUCUCUCCCGGCACUCAACUUACGCCAAUCUCCGCCAUGCUCACCAUUCCCUAUGGGAACUUCACAACCCUUAACUGCCGAAUCCCUGGCUACCUUGGAAAUACAACGUUCUCCACCAUCUUCCCCGCUGACAUCACUCCCCCCAUCGGAUACUGAAGCCAUGGCCCUCCGAACAGUCCCUGUCAAUAAGCGAUGUCGUUACACUGACACCUCCACCAAGAAAGGGUUUAUAAACAUUGUUGGCAAAGUUCGCAAGCCCAAGGCCAAGCCAACCACGAAUGGAGCUCUGAUUAAUGGUGCCAUGUAUUGUUUUGGCCAAACAGUUGGAUAUUCGAGCGAUAUCCUACUCUCGCCUUACUUGCCUCACAAGUGUUCAUCUCGUCCGCUUUACGAAAAAUUUCUCGAACGUCUCCCUGCCUUUGCGAGACGGAUUUCUCCUCAAACAUGGCAUUCACUCUGUUAA